GCGCAGCACAUUAUCCUCCCAACAAAUAUCUCUCUCCUCCAUCUCAGAUCCCCGCCGCCCCUCCACCUCACCUCGCGGCGGCGCCGGCACCGGCACCGGCGACCGAAGAUGCCGCCGUCGAACCCGAGGCAGCCGCUCUCGCUGGCGCUCCCCGCCUCCAGCCACUCCCAGGAUUUCCCGUCCCUCUUCUCCGACCUCACCUCGCUCCUCCUCCACCACGCGCCCGCCUCCCACGGCCGCGCGCCCGUCUUCUCCUCCUCCACGCUCUCCAUCCCCGCCCCGCCCGCUCCCGCUCCAGCGCCCGCGCAGGCGCAGCCGACCCCGCUCGCGCGGGCCGCCAUCGGGGCCUGCGCGGGCGCCGCCGCGGGGGCCUUCACCUACGCGGCGCUGCUCCCGCUCGACGCCGUCAAAACCCGCCUCCAGGCGGGCGCGGCCUCCCGCGGCUCCUGGCAGGUCUUCGCCGACAUCCUCCGCACCGACGGCCCGCUCGGCCUCUACCGCGGCCUCUCCGCCGUCAUCCUCGGCUCCGCCACCUCCUCCGCCAUCUACUUCGGCACCUGCGAGCUCGCCAAGUCGCUGCUGCGCCCGCACCUCCCGCCCUUCCUCGUGCCGCCGCUCGCGGGCGCCAGCGGCAACAUCUCCUCCUCCGCCGUCAUGGUCCCCAAGGAGCUCAUCACGCAGCGCCUCCAGUCGGGCGCCGCCACCGGCCGCUCCUGGCAGGUGCUCCUCCACAUCCUCCGCACCGACGGCUUCCUCGGCCUCUACGCCGGGUACGCUGCCACCCUCCUCCGCAACCUCCCCGCCGGGGUGCUCAGCUACUCGUCCUUCGAGUACCUCAAGGCGUUCGCUCUCAGCAAGAGCAACGGCGCCAACCUGACGCCGGGGGAGAGCGUGAUGUGCGGCGCCCUCGCUGGCGCGAUAUCGGCGGCGCUCACCACCCCGCUGGACGUCGUGAAGACGCGGCUCAUGACCAGGGUGGGCGCCGAGGGGAGCCGCACCGUGGUGGGGACGAUGCAGGAGGUCAUCGCCGAGGAAGGCCUCAUGGGUCUGUCCCGGGGGAUCGGGCCGAGGGUCCUGCACAGCGCGUGCUUUGCGGCGAUAGGCUACUGCGCCUUUGAGACGGCCAGGCUCGCCAUCCUCAAGUCCUACCUUGAAGGCUGCGAAAGGAAAGCAGCAGAGGAGAUGAAGGCCGGAGUUGCCGCUGCUUGAAUGUGUAUGCCUCCUUUCCUUCCUCUUGGGAGCAUGGAGUUUUCUUGUACCUACCUACCUAGCUAUGGUAUGAUGCGGAUGAUGUAUCCGCUAAGUGUAUCGAGUUUAGCAUCAUUUAAGUUUCAGUUAUAGAGUUGUUUGAAGGAUACAACAAGUUACAGUAUGAAGCAGUUGUCAAUCUGGCAUUGGUUUUGGUUA